AUGUCUAAACACUGGGACUUCUACAAGAUGGGGAUAGAUAUGUCAAGGGCAUUUGACACCAUCAAAAGGUCAAAGAUCCUAGAUGUGCUGUACCAAGCAGGGUGCAAUGAAGAUGAACUGCGUCUUGUGAGAAUACUUUUAGCAGGUACUAAACUGAAUGUCCGUGUUGGAUCAACCUACUCAGCGGACUUCGAAACAACAAUAGGGUCUCCGCAAGGUGACAGUCCUUCCCCAGUACUGUUCACCUGCUACCUGGCAUCAGCAUUAACAUCAAUAAGAUCGCACUCCACAAGGCCCAACCCUCCAGUAUCACCUCUUGGCAUUCCAUUGGAAAUGGAAUGUGCAGAUGACGUCGACUUCAUCGACGAGGAGAAGGCCACACUGGAAAGACUCCUACCUGUUUCUGCUAAAAACCUGAAAGACUCAAACUUAUUCGUGAACGAAGCCAAGACAGAAUAUACUCACGUCUACUUGGCGGACACAAUAGAAAAAGAUGAGGAUGAAAAACCACUCCGAGGCCAUGAGGAAUGGAGAAAGAGCUCCCUCCUCUGUAGCUCGGCUGACAUAGCAGCCAGGUGUACAAUGGGCAACAUCGCAUUCAGGUCCCUCUGGAAAAUCUGGAUCCGCAGAUCAAAAAUUCCAUUGGAGAAAAAAACUGCUACUGUACAAUGCCACCUGUGUGUCAAUCAUGCUCUACAACUGUAA